GCACUACUUGUUUUCUACAUCAUCUUAAACCUCUUUUUUACCAUGGACAAGUUUGGAAUGAACAGUCAGACGGAGCACUGGCAUGCCAAGUAUGUGGGUACCGGCAACCCAGAUAUCAGCAAGCACGAAUGGUUCGUCAACCAGCACCGCGAUACCUUAGCAUAUUACGCUUCGGAUAACAGCCUGGCAGCCUUCAUCAGCAUUGCUGAAGGAGAGAGCAUCGCGCGGACAAAGUACAAUAUGCUCCAGCGGAUGCAGCAGCCAUGCGGACACGCUCCCCGCUCCUCGGGCACAGACUCAUAGCAGUGCAAACCUAUCGAUUGCAUCACAUAGACAAUGGGAAAACAGGUGCUAUUGUGCAUAUAUGCUACUGCCGGCCCAAAUUGGGACCUUGAAUCACCAUGCAUUAUUUAGUCUAGAUGCUGGGUUUACUUCACCUCUAUGGGCUAGCUUGUCAUAGGCUGGGACGUUUGAAAUCAGACCGGAAUUACAAGACUCGCCGCUUGCCUUUGCUGCGGAAUGGUCAAUCGUUUAAUGCAUAGCUACAUACAUAGGGAGGGACCGAGUCGGAAACAGGCGAAAGACAAAUUAACUGUGGCAUGGUAGCUCUGACCUUAGUUGACAGUAUAAAUACAGUCCAAACUACAUAAUCCCUCAAUAUCAUCACAGCGCCCUUCUCUGCCCACCACUUGUCAAUUGAAAGGCAUGACCUCUAGCACCUUGUCA